AACUUAAACAACGGGGCCGUUCUACCCUUCUCUGAUUCGCACUUCACUCACGCAACUCUCUCUCUCUCUCUCUCUCUCUCUCUCUCUCCCCUAAAUGAAAUGCCAUAGGAAAAUAAAAUACCACCCUUCACAACAAUGACCACUUAGCUAACGCUCUCUCUCUCUCUCUGCGCCUUGUUUCUCUCGCACUCAUUGAUAUUUCUCUACCUCUCUCUGCUUUGUUUGGUAGUAAAUGAUAAUGGUGGUUGAGGAGGUGGUCGUGGUGUUGCUACUUACUUCAUCAUUGAUUUUGAAUUGGUGAGAGAUUGAUUUUUACCAAAGUUUACCGGAAAAAUAAAGGGGAUACAAACACAAUGUUCAGACUCCACAACAAGAACAAGCAUGCCAAAUCUGGUAACAGAGUUGAUUUCAACUUCUCCCGCUUCAAGGCCCUCCAGGUUCCGAAAGGCUGGGACAAGCUGCUUGUAUCUAUUAUCUCUGUCGAAACUGGGAAAACACUGUCAAAGUCAGGCAAAGCACUUGUACAUAAUGGAAGUUGUCAAUGGGCAGAAACUCUGUCAGGAUCUUUACGGAUUUCACAGGAUGACCCUUCAAAGGAGCUAGAAGAUUGUUUCUUCAAGCUUGUUGUCUCCACGGCUUCAUCUAGAUCUGGCAUCCUUGGGGAGGCCAUUGUCAACAUGAUAGCCUAUAUGAGUUCACCUGCUCCUGCUCCAGUUUCACUGCCACUGAAUAAGUGCAAUUAUGGAACAAUCUUACAAGUAAAAAUUCACUGCCUGACACCAAUAACAAAACUCAGGGAUGAAGAAUCAAAAGAGACGAAUUUUCGUAUGGAACAUCAGGAAGCAAAUUAUAAUGAUGUGGACUCUAAGUCAGAUGUGUCUGGAAGCACAUUUACGAGGAGUAUUGGAUCUUCCUCUAGUAAAGAUUUGGGAUCUAUCUCUCACCCAGGAGAACCUGGGAGUAGGGAAACAAGUUUCUCUGCAUCGGGUUCACAUCAUAGCAAUGACUCGAGGGAGGGUUCCACAGGGAGGGAAAAGUUCUCCCCGAGAAGCAGCUUAAGCAGUGAUGGACAUGGUCUAAUUGGAAGAGAAGCAGCAAUCGGCUCCCAAGACAUUGUGCAUUCUGGCUUCAAUCCCAUUGGUAAUCCUAUUCAAUCAGAUCAUUCAUCAUCUAAUUUGCGGCUAACAGCAUCAGGAAAUGACUCCCAGAAUAGUUGGCAAGAAUUUGCAACAUCAUCUUUGAAACCUGCCAUUUCUUCUAAAAAUCUUAUGGAAGCAGCACAUGAUACAAUUGAAGAGCUUCGUGCAGAAGCAAAGAUGUGGGAGAGGGAUGCACGGAAGCUGAUGCUCGAUUUGGAUAUACUGAGGAAGGAAUUCACCGAACAGUCCAAAAACCAGGAAAAUUUAACCAUGGAGCUUUCAGCAGCAUAUGCUGAUCGUGAUGGUUUAAAGAAAGCUGUUGAACAAAUGAAAAUCUCACUAGAGAGACCUAUGGUGCAACAAGCAGAGACUGAGCAUUCAACAUUUCAAGAUGAAGACAUAUCCCAUAUUCAAAAAGAACUAAAGGAUGAACUGAAGUUUCAGAAAGAAUCCAAUGCCGAUUUGGCUCUGCAGUUGCAGCGGAGUCAAGCAUCAAAUCUUGAGCUCGUUUCUGUUCUUCAGGAGCUGGAGGAGACCAUAGAAAAGCAGAAAAUUGAGAUAAACACUCUUUCAGCACCACCAUCAAAACUUGGUGACAUUGAAAACUUUGUCCAAGUAACUGUGGAAGAAAACAGAAAUUUAAUGCUCCAGCUGCAACAAUUGCAGGAAUCAGAGAAGAGUUUGCAAGUUAAGGUACAACAGCUGGAGCAGGCCUUGGAGAAAAAUCAUCCUGAAGGGAGUUUGAACAACCACACCAUUUUAGAAAUUGAGGCCAACUUCAAAGGUAGAUUAGAUGCUAAAGACGAAGAAAUCCUUAUGUUAAGAGCAAAGUUAUCCGAGUCUCUUAAAGGAAGAAACUUCCCUGAUAGGGGAUCCAUAAAUGAAGGUGAUGCAAAUCUAAUCAGAGAAAUUGAAAUAUUGAAAGAAAAAAUGCAGGAGCUAGAAAGGGAUUGCGAUGAGCUGACAGAUGAAAACCUUGAACUUUUAUUCAAGCUUAAGGAAGCAAAAAAGAAUUCCAUGAUGGGAGGCACUAUUGUCGAUCUUCCAACCAAUGAGCUAUUAAAUAAAUCUUUUAUCAGCUUUGAGCCUGAAAUGACUGAACAUAAAUCCCAAAUGUACUGUGUGGAAGAUAAGUUACAGAUUAAAAAUCUCGUGGAGUCUGAAGAUAAGGACUUUCUCUCAACUCAAGAACUUGAGACUUUGAACAUAGAACUGCAAAAUCAAGUUACAGAACAGGGUAAGAAAUUGACUGACAAAAUUUCUGAUAUUGCAAAACUUGAGACUAAGUUGCAGUAUAAGGAAGAAGAGAUUGGAGUACUUAAACAGUGUCAGAUUGAUUUGGAGGCAAAGAUCUCUCAUCUUCAAAAGGAGAAUAUCCAGCUAGAGAAACAAAUGAAAGUCAUGCAUAGAGAAAGUGAUAUCACAUCUAAAUGCUUAAAUGAUUUGCGAAGUGAUUUGAUAGAACUUAGCAACAGCUUGGACUCCCAUGUUUCUGCCAAUAAGAUUCUGGAAAGGAAAUCUUCAGAGCUAGAAAAUGGAAAACACGAACUAGAGCUUUGUAUAGUGGAGCUUAAACAAGAAAAUAUGCAGUUAUCAUUGUGUAUAUCUGGUUUGGAAGAUCAACUAAGACAUUUGACUGAUGAGAGGGAGUCCAAAUCUCACGCUCAGAGUCUUCAGGAUGAGAUCUCUAGGUUAAGGAUUGAGAUAAGUUCUGAAAAGGCAGAUAUGAAAGAGAAGUUACAGGACACGCAAAACCGCUGGUCAGAAGCUCAAGAAGAAUGUGACUAUCUUAUAAGAGAGAAUUCAAAAUUAAAAGCAACAACUGUGAAUCUCAUUGAAGAAUGCAGUACGCUUCAGAAAUCAAAUGGAGAGUUGAGGAAGCAAAAAUCAGAGUUGCAUGAGAGUUUUGCCCUCUUGGAGGCAAAGUUGAGAGAGUCAGAGAUAAAAUUUGAAAAUUGCUCCAAAAGAGUUGGAAUCUUAGAAGAUAAUAUUUCUUCAAUGUUGGUAGAUAUUUCUUCAAAAGAGAAAAGCCUUACUUCAGAAUUAGAUGCACUUGUUGUUGAAAAUAGAAGAAACGUAGAAAAACUUGCUGUGGGAGAAAGAUUAUUCAAUCAGAUGUAUUUGGAGAAAAAUGUUGAACUUGAGAACCUCCAGCAACACGUAGAACACCUAACCGAUCAACUUUCUGCAAUUCAUGAGGCAAAAGAGAGAAUAGCUACUGAUGCUGUGCUUGAAGUAUCCAAUUUACUAGCAGAUAAAGUUAGUUUGGAAUCUGCUCUUCAAGAAUCUCAAACCAAGAUGAAGUGGAUUGAGAAUGAGCUUGAAAUGACACGAACAGAAUCUGAAUCAAAGCUGCAAAGCCUGAUUGAUGAGCUUGCAGCUUCGAAACAAAACCAGGAAAAGCUGAUGGCUGACCAUGAAAGGGUGUUUAAGUUGUUGGAGAAUUAUAAAUCAGAUGAAGAAAAGUUUAAAAACACCGUGAAUGGUCUUGAGCUAAAGCUCACAUUUUCAGAAUUUGAACGGGAACAACUUUUGGAAGAAUCCAAAAAAAUGAAGGUUGAGCUCCAGAAUAUGGCACAUCUUCAUGAUGAUGUUUUGGCUGUUAAGAAUGACCUUCACACAACCAAGUUCGAGAAAGAGAGAUUGGAAGCAUCACUGCAUCUAAUAUCUGGAGAAUGUGAAGAUCUGAAGACAGAGAAGAAUUUACUGGUUGAAAAGAUCUCUGCUUUAGAGGACUGUAAACGUAAAAGAGUCGCACUAGAAGACAAGGCACAAUGUGCUCAGGAAGCUGAGCUGAAGACGGAGCUCGGCCAGAUCAAGAAAGCAAAUAGGCAAUAUCAGCAGAAGAUACGACUACUUGAGGAAGAAAAAGAUCAGUGUGUAACAAAAGCUCAAGCCCUUGAAGAAGAACUAAAGCUGAUGAAGGAAGGAAAGCAGAAUCAGAGAGAGUCCAGCAGUCCUAAGAUUCCUAGCUUUUCUAAAACCAAUUCCAAAGUUACUCCAGUCCGUGAAGAUAUGAAGCCCUCAAAGAAGAAUGAAAUGGUGAAGAACUCUAGUCAGCAUCGCGAUUCUAAAAGGAGACAACCCUUGAAGAAUGGUAAAGUACAAGAACUUUUAAAAGAUCAACAGAAACUUAGUGGCAACCAAUAUCAAAGAGAGGAUGAUAGUGGCAAUGAAAUUCCUGAUGGAAGUCCUCCUGCUGUUGGAGUCGAUCCUGCUUCAAAGCUUCAGCUACUUGAGAAUGAACUUGCCAAGGCUUUGGAAGCAAAUAACAUAUAUAAAGCUCAGAUUGACAGGUUGUUGACUGAGGGACAAAGCAGCCACACUGACGUUUCUAGAAAAUCAACAGCUGAAGACGAAAUAGUGGCAAAAGAAAGGAAUGGACGCACAAAAUCAUCACUAGAGGCAGAGUUAAUAGACAUUCGCGAGCGUUACCUCCACAUGAGCCUCAAAUACGCAGAGGUAGAAGCUCAGCGUGAGGAACUUGUGAUGAAGCUCAAGACAGUCAAGAACGUGAAAAGGACGUGGUUAUCGUAAAGUACUGAUCAUUUACCUUAACUAUAAACUUUUUGGUACGGUACGUAGUACGUACACCAUUUUCAGGUUGCUUUUCAACGAGUCUUUUUCCAAUUCAUCAUCCAGCGUGAAUUAUUGUGAAGGAUGAUCGAACAGGCCUAGCUAGCUCUGAAGCUUGUAAAUGUUCCGCGGGAUAUUGUUAAUCCGUUCUGCUUGCUAGAGAGCAGAGUCAAGUAUUAUUGAGACGCUGAAAGAGAUAAUAAAUAGAAAACCCUUUUUGUUUGAUUU